GCAGACGCGGCGGCGGCGGUCCGGGAGGCGCGCGCACGAUCCCAGACCGGGUAUCGCGGCGGCGGCAGCGGCGGUGGAGACAUCGGGUUGGGCCCCUUCCCUUUUCCGCUCCCCCCCUCCUCCCCCUCCCCUCAGCUGUGGUUCCCGAGGAGUCCGAGACCUGCGGCGAGACGGCGGAAAGCUCUAGGGUCAGCUCACUAUCCUGAAAGUCCAUCCUCCCAGGAAGAAGGGACAGAAAGAAAGAAAGACCUCUUUGUACGAAAGCCUUGUGUAUCCCAUGAACGAGACAGAGGAAAACCGAUUGGAGUACGGCAGGACUCCAGAGCCAGAUAUAAGGCUCAGAAAAGGACACCAACUUGAUGGUACAAGGCGAGGUGAUAAUGACAACCACCAAGGGAAUUUGGAGCCUGUUUUAGAGGCAUCUGUUCUUUCUUCCUAUCGUAAAAAAAUAUCUGAGGAACAUGAGUGCAAUGAUGAAGCUUCUCAGGAAGAAGAGGGGUUUAUGGGUAUGUCCCCUCUCUUACAAGCCCAUCAUGCAAUGGAAAGAAUGGAAGAGUUUGUUUGUAAGGUAUGGGAAGGUCGAUGGCGAGUAAUCCCUCAUGAUGUACUCCCAGACUGGCUCAAGGAUAACGACUUCCUUUUACAUGGACACCGGCCCCCUAUGCCUUCUUUCCGGGCCUGUUUUAAAAGCAUUUUUAGAAUACACACAGAGACAGGCAACAUUUGGACACAUCUCUUAGGUUGUGUAUUCUUCCUGUGCCUGGGGAUCUUUUAUAUGUUUCGCCCAAACAUCUCCUUUGUGGCCCCUCUGCAAGAGAAGGUGGUCUUUGGAUUAUUCUUCUUGGGAGCCAUUCUCUGCCUUUCUUUUUCAUGGCUCUUCCACACAGUCUACUGCCACUCAGAAGGGGUCUCCCGACUCUUCUCUAAACUGGAUUACUCUGGUAUUGCUCUUCUGAUUAUGGGAAGUUUCGUUCCUUGGCUUUAUUAUUCUUUCUACUGUAAUCCACAACCUUGCUUCAUCUACUUGAUUGUCAUCUGUGUGCUGGGCAUCGCAGCCAUUAUAGUCUCCCAGUGGGACAUGUUUGCCACUCCUCAGUAUCGAGGAGUAAGAGCAGGAGUGUUUUUGGGUCUAGGCCUGAGUGGAAUCAUUCCUGCCUUGCACUAUGUCAUCUCGGAGGGGUUCCUAAAGGCUGCCACCAUAGGACAGAUUGGCUGGUUGUUGCUAAUGGCCGGCCUCUAUAUCACGGGAGCUGCCCUGUACGCUGCUCGCAUCCCUGAACGCUUCUUUCCUGGCAAGUGUGACAUCUGGUUUCACUCUCAUCAGCUAUUUCACAUCUUCGUGGUUGCUGGCGCUUUUGUUCAUUUCCAUGGUGUCUCAAACCUCCAGGAGUUCCGUUUCAUGAUUGGCGGAGGCUGCAGUGAAGAGGACGCACUGUGAUACCUACCACUAGCCAGGGACCAUGACCCUGAACCAGGGCCUGCAGCGCCUGCAGGCCUCCCUUACUGGCUAUUGAUGCCAGUACCAGAGGAGCUCCCAAACUCUGACAGCCUCAUGGGCUUUGACACCCCCAGGGGCUCCACGUGGCACGUGACUGAGAAGAAAAAAAAAAUAAAUCAUACCUCAAAGGAUGUAGUGCAUCAAUUUGGAGAAAAGGAGAAAUGGCCCAAACCCUGACGUAGUCUUAGGAUUUAUUGAUUGAGGGCUCUGCAAGACCCUGGGCAAACUGGCUUCUUAUCCAUAUCUUAUUUAUUUGUAGAAGAUGGAGAAACAGUUUAGCUGAUGGUUCAUUCUUCUCCCUUUCUCUCUUCUUAAAACAAUAAUACAAAACCGAUUUAGGUGAACAUUUAUAUCCUAUUAAGGGGCGGGAGUGUGAUUUUAGAUGUUCUUUUGGGAGAACAAAGAAAUUAAUGUAAAUAAGAUUUCUAACUUACUGUUUAAAUAAGAAUUUAUAUAAAUGUUUAAAAAGGGUAGGGGAGGGAGGGAGAAUUUUUGUAUAGAGUGAAACAUGCAAGUACCACACACUGUUUCAAUUUUGCACAAAGUGACUGUAGGAGGUGAUAGCCCCAGAAUGUAAAAUGCCUUGGUGCACCAAGGUGCCUUCUAAAGGCUGACAUACCUUGGACCCUGGUGGGGCAGAGAGUACAGCCCCAGCCCAGUGAUCACAUGACCACUCUCGUGCCUGAGGGCCUUUGGGGGUCCUGAGGUAGAGUGAGGUGGUGUGUAUUUUCUCAGUGGAAGUAGCAUGUGAAUGGCUAAUAGGAUGUGUUAAAGGCUCUAGUUAAGGUGUCCUUUGAGAGACUGACUUGUUUCUCAUGCUGAUGACCUUCUAAGGAGUAGGGCCACCUGCUUGGGAAAGUCAAUUAUGCUGGCAAAGGGGUGGUGGAGAUAGUGGGAAGAGCUCUGGAAAUGUUAACACAGGGGCUGAUCUGAUUACUUCCUGUCAUCCUGUUCAAUUUUGUGGUGAUUUUUAUCUGAUUGCAAGGAUGUGACAGUUCUCCAUAUCCUUGUUAUGGAGCUUUGAAAUACUCUGGAAACUUCCCUCUAUUAAAAUCACUGCCCUGACUAUCCUUCUUCCUGGGAAUAAAAAUUGACAUUUUCCUGGCAUCAUAGUUACUGACAUGGAACCAGCCACAAAAGAGAUUCUGCCUUGUUCAGGUGCCUCCUGAGCUCAUUGACAUAGGUUGGGAGAGUGCUUCCUUUGGAUUAGGAAAGAUGAGUUUCACCUGUGGCACACUGUCUUGGUGAGCCUCAGUAUGACAGACAUAUCAGCUCUCCUUGAACAAAAAAGCCAGUGGAACUCUUGUAAAGCAGGGCCCAGUUCCCACUGUGGAGUUAUCAGCAGUCUCUGAACCCUGUUUUUAAGGGAUAGCAUGGGGGAAGUUUGCAAAGGAAAUCAUAUGUUAUUGUCAGGGAGUCUGGUAGAAUCUUUAAAGUUUAGUUGAAGAGUGGCUAGAAGUAAAAGAUCGCAAGUGUCCCAGAAGUACCCUGUUGUGUCAGGGAGAGUGGCAAGGGGAGGCUCUGGUUCACAGAAUUCUGAUCUUGGCUCAUAGGUGAACCAUCCAACAAGCAUUUGAGUCUUAGGUUACUUACUAUCUUCUAUCUUAGACUUCAGGUGAUUAAGUUACAUCCUGGGGAUUAUGGAUACUAGAACUAAACAUUGAGGCCCUAAGCAAUGGGGGCCGGCAUCCACAACUGGUGUUUAGGACUAUGGGAAGGAUUUUCUACUUAUUUAGUAUAGGGUUUUCUCAGUUCUUUUUCUCCUUUCUCUCCUCUUCUGAUCUCCAGCAAAAGCUGGGAAGAACUUAAGAGUAUUUUGGUUCUAGGUCAUUGCCCUAGGUUCUAGGUGGAUCCCAGCAAAAGACUCAGUGGGUGAACUGGCGCAGCGCCUGACAGAACAGUAUUACUCCCUUUGAGGAGAAAUAGUUCAGCAAGACAGUGCCAUCAGGAAGGAAGCUCACUUAACUCCAUGGAAGCAACAGCACAUAUCCGAAGCCAGACUUGCUCUUUGGUCAUGCACUUUGGGAUAUGGGGUAUAAGAUGCAGCCCUGAAAAAAACACCAACAGAGGUCGCAGUCUCUGGGCCCAGUUGCCCCACAGCCCAAAGGAGGAGCUGAAUCUAGUUCAACAUAGCACAAACCCCUAGGAAAAAUGAAAUUUAACAUCAACAAUGUAUAAUCCAGUAAAAAUCUCCCUCUUUAUGGUGUGUGUGUGUGGGUGUGCGCGCGCGCGCCCAUUUACGUGUGUAUGUCUUUGUGCAGCUCACUACCAGCAGCCUCACUGAGCACUGGGUCUUACAGUGCUCGCUGAGAACUCACCAGGUUGGCGCCUGAAUGCCUUACUCUCAGCACUCAGAGGCUGGCUUGUUCUCUGCAGAUUUUUAAUUUUCUUUUUUGGCCCUAAGCAGAUUAGGACCUCUACAGCUUCAUUCUAUCAUCAUUAAAUAGUGGCCUUUUUCAGUAUUUUUUCCCUUUCCCUUUAUAAAUUGCCGAAGCCACAAAGCACAUUUUGGGGGAUCAUAGAAGGUUGGCAUUUCAGAAAGGCAUCUGUACAAUGGUUGCAUUCACUAUGGGAUUUCCCUACUUGCUGUAUUCUCAACUUCCAAUAAAAAAACCCUGAUGGAAUAUGAA